AUGGACGCGAAGAAAAACGACUCUGUCCUUGGUGCCGAUAAAGACUACGGGACGACAGAGACCAUGAGCUCUAAAGAGGAAAAGAGGCUUGUGAGAAAGAUCGAUUUUCAUCUUAUGCCACUCCUUAUAAUCAGUUAUGGCCUUCAGUACCUUGACAAGACCAGUCUAUCCUAUAGCGCUGUCCUUGGUUUACGAGAAGACUUGAAUCUCAAAGGACAAGAGUUUAGCUGGGCAUCCGGUAUCUUCUAUAUUGGGUAUCUAGCUGCCUCGUAUCCUAUUUCACUUGGCUUCGUCCGAUUUCCCUUGGGAAGAUAUCUAAGCGUUUUAAUUUUUCUAUGGGGAGUGGUUCUCACCCUCCAUGCUGUUGCAGAGAAUUAUGCUGGAUUGAUGGUACUACGAACUUUGCUUGGCAUAUUUGAGAGCGCGAUAAGCCCUGGGUUCUCGCUCAUUACUGGAAUGUGGUACACUCCUAGGGAGCACGUCUCUCGUCACUCGUUUUGGUUCGCUGGAAAUGCCACCGCUAGUCUGAUCGGAUCAGGUAUCGCGUAUGGAAUUCUGCAAUAUACGGGGAGUUUCAGUCAAUGGAAGAUGCUUUUUGUUAUAUUUGGACUCAUAACAGUUGCGUGGUCGAUACUUCUAUGGUUCUACCUUCCCGAUACUCCUUCAAACGCGCGCUUCCUCACUCCCACUGAACGAGAAUUCGCGUCCCUGAGACCAAAGAAAUUCCAACAUACAACCCAGACAAAGAAAUGGGACCAAGGUCAAUUCAUCGAGACUUGGAAAGACGUCAAGACAUGGUGGUUCUUGCUGUUUUCCUUUAUAAUUUGCGUACCAAACGGCGGUACAACCAGUUUUAACACAAUCAUUAUCAACAGCUUCGGCUACGAUGAAUUUCAAACAAUUCUUAUGGGAAUGCCAGCUGCCGCUUUCCAACUCACCACAGUCAUUCUGGCAGCUCUAUUCACAACCUACAUUCGCAAAUCCAGAUUGAUUGCUUUGGUUGCCAUCUUCCUAAUGGCGUUGGCAGGGAUUCUCAUGGUAAAGCUUCUCCCUGACACGAAGAAGCUAUCUCGACUAGCGGGCUUCUGGCUCGUCACUGCCGUCGCUCCUGCCUUCCCUCUCAUGAUGUCAAUGUUCGCAAGUAAUACGGCUGGUUUCACGAAAAAGUCUAGCGUGGUCGCCCUGAUAUUUGUGGGAUAUUGUGUCGGGAACUUUGUCGGGCCACAAUUUUUCAAAAAUACCGAGGCACCAGCAUACGGGACUGCAUACACAACGAUCCUCACUUGCUACGCAAUUUCGAUUGUCAUGGCGGCUGGAUUCCGGGUAUAUCUCGGCUGGGUGAAUAAUAAGAGAGAUCAGGCUCAAGGAAUAUGCAUUGAUCCGGAGGAAACUCGCGAGAUUGACCUACAUGCAGACGAGGAGCUGGAUCAUGUAGAUGAAACCGAUAUCCAGAACCAAAGCUUUAGAUAUAUCCUAUGA